UGUGGCAACACGCUGCAUUUUGCCACGUUCGCUCAGUUGCUCAUUCAUUCACUUUACUUGGAGUUGAUAUCCGUUUCGUCUGGAGACACGCCAAGUUGAUCAAACUGGAUUUUGUUAAAGGACAAAUAUAGGCCGGAUUUUUUGGAUUUUACAGUACAUGUUACUGUAACGACUUGGAACGAAAAAGGACUCUUCUCUUUUUUUAAGUAAUGCAAGCAGCAGUCAUGGAGGAAUCUAACGCAACUAACAUUGAGCAACAACCAAACGCACUCAACAAUGGCCAGGAGCUGGUGUCGUCCAACGAGCAGCCAUCGUCGCCCACUCCGGUGGCCACGCCCACUAGUAGCACCGGCACUGGCAAUGCCACGCCCGCAUUUAGCUAUGACGAUCUGUUCCCGGCUCUGCCGACGAACUCAUCCGCAGCCGCGCCCCUUGGCCCCGCUGCGCCGGCAAUUGCGCGUGUGACCAGCUCGCAGAAAACUCAGGUUCUGCAUGUGCCCAUGGAGGAGCGCAAGUCGACGGAAUCUGAGAAAUUUGGCGAGGGUGAGUCGAAGCGCAUUUGCCAGCAGAUCACGAAGGAGACUGGCGCCCAGAUUGAGAUUGUCAGCGGCAAGAAUCAAUCGCUCACGUUCCUGAUCAAGGGCAAGCAGAGCGAGCUGCUCGAUGCGCGUCGCAAGAUCCUGAUGAGCUUCUCGACGCAGGCCAGCCGCCAGGUGAACGUACCCCGUGAGCAUUAUCGCGUCAUUCUGGGCAAGCGCGGCGAACGGCUGCGUGAGCUUGAGCGUGUCACCUCGACGCGCAUCAAUAUACCCCAUCAGGGUGAUGAGAGCGAUGUGAUUACCAUUGCCGGCACCAAGGAGGGUAUCGAACGUGCCGAGCAGGAAAUACGCCAAUUGUCCGCGGAGCAAUAUAAAAAGUCAUCGGACCGGACGACGGUGCCGAAGAUCUAUCAUCCGUUCAUUGUGGGCCCCUACAAUGAAAAUCUGAACAAGCUGCAGGAGGAGACGGGUGCCAAGAUCAAUGUGCCACCGCAGCAGGUGCAAAAGGAGGAGAUCAUCAUUUCGGGCGAAAAGGAAGCAGUUGCCGCCGCCAAGGCAAAGGUGGAAGCCAUCUACAAGGAGAUGGAGAAGAAAUGCUCAACGGUUAGCGUUGAGGUGGCCAAGCCCCAGCAUCGCUAUGUCAUCGGACCCAAGGGCUCCACAAUUGCUGAGAUCCUGCAGCUCACUGGCGUCUCCGUUGAGAUGCCGCCCAAUGAUUCGAUCUUAGAGACGAUAACGCUGCGUGGACCCCAAGUGGCGCUGGGUAAUGCACUAACCGUGGUCUACCAGAAGGCCAACUCGGUGAAAUCGGUGGAGAUCAAUGCGCCGCAUUGGAUACACAAGUAUGUGAUCGGACGCAAGGGUGCCAACAUGAAGCAACUCGAGGAGGAUUGCCCCAAUGUGAAUGUUAACUGCUUGGAGAACAAGAUCAAGCUGGAGGGCGAUCCCGAGAAUGUGGACAGGGCUGUCUCCUAUCUGAAUGACAUCAUACGCAACUAUGAGGAGAACUUCACGUACGAGGUGAUGACCGUGAAUCCAUCGUACUACAAGCAUAUUAUUGGCAAGGCGGGCGCCAAUGUGAAUCGCCUCAAGGAUGAACUGAAGGUGAACAUCAAUAUUGAAGAGCGCGAGGGCCAGAACAAUAUACGCAUCGAAGGACCCAAGGAGGGUGUGCGCCUGGCGCAGCUUGAAUUACAAGAAAAAAUCGACAAACUGGAAAAUGAAAAGUCAAAGGAUGUGAUCAUCGAUCGUCGCCUGCAUCGCUCCAUUAUCGGCGCCAAGGGCGAGAAGAUUCGCGAGGUGAAGGAUCGUUAUCGCCAGGUAACAAUAACGAUACCCACACCCCAGGAGAACACCGAUAUUGUGAAACUGCGCGGACCCAAGGAGGAUGUGGACAAAUGCCAUAAGGACUUACUGAAGCUCGUCAAGGAAAUCCAGGAGUCAUCGCACAUCAUCGAAGUGCCAAUUUUCAAGCAAUUCCACAAGUUUGUCAUUGGCAAAGGCGGCGCCAACAUCAAGAAAAUCCGCGACGAGACCCAAACGAAAAUCGAUCUGCCCGCCGAGGGCGAUACCAACGAGGUGAUUGUCAUUACUGGCAAGAAAGAGAACGUACUGGAGGCCAAGGAGCGCAUCCAAAAGAUUCAGAACGAACUCUCCGAUAUUGUCACCGAAGAGGUGCAAAUUUCGCCCAAAUACUACAACUCCAUCAUUGGCACCGGCGGCAAACUGAUCUCCUCCAUAAUGGAGGAAUGCGGCGGCGUCACAAUCAAGUUCCCCAACAGCGAUUCCAAGAGCGAUAAGGUGACCAUUCGCGGUCCCAAAGAUGAUGUGGAAAAGGCUAAGGCCCAGCUGCUGGAGCUGGCGAAUGAGCGGCAGCAGGCCUCGUUCAGCGUUGAGGUGCGCGCCAAGCAGCAGCAUCAUAAAUUCCUCAUUGGCAAGAAUGGUGCCUCCAUACGCAAGAUUCGGGAUGCGACGGGUGCACGCAUCAUCUUUCCCUCAAACGAGGAUAGCGACAAGGAGGCCAUCAUUAUUAUUGGCAAGGAGGAGAGCGUGAACAAGGCCAAAGAGCAGCUGGAGGCGAUCAUCAAGGAGUGCGAUGAGGUUACCGAGGGCGAGGUAACCGUCGAUCCCAAGCACCACAAGCACUUUGUGGCCAAGCGCGGCACCAUCUUGCAUCGCAUCUCUGAGGAGUGCGGCGGUGUAAUGAUAUCCUUCCCACGUCCCGGCACCAACUCCGACAAGGUGACAAUCAAGGGCGCCAAGGAGUGCAUCGAGGCGGCCAAGCAGCGCAUCGAGGAGACUGUUGCCGAUCUGGAGGCGCAGACAACCAUCGAGGUGGUCAUACCCCAACGCCAGCAUCGCACCAUAAUGGGCGCACGCGGUUUCAAGGUGCAGCAGGUCACCUCCGAGUUCGAUGUGCAGAUCAAGUUCCCCGAUCGUGAUGCCACCGAACCCGUCGAGGGUCUGACCAACGGCGUCAACGGUGACGGCAGUGAGGGCGGCGCCGAGGGUGAGCCCAGCGCGGAGCCGGUGCGUCAAUGCGAUGUUAUUCGCAUCACCGGACGCAUCGAGAAGUGCAAUGCGGCCAAGCAGGCGCUGAUCGAUCUAAUACCAAUCGAGGAAGAGCUGAAUGUUCCUUUCGAUCUGCAUCGCACCAUCAUUGGACCGCGUGGCGCCAAUGUGCGUCAGUUCAUGUCCACGCACGAUGUCCAUGUCGAGCUGCCGCCCAGCGACCUCAAGUCGGACAUCAUUAAGGUCUCCGGCACGCCCGCACGCGUGGCCGAGGCACGAGAGGCGCUCGAGAAGAUGAUUGAAGACUAUGAGGCAGAUCGUGCUGAUCGCGAGCUGCGCUCAUUUGUGCUCCAAAUAGAGGUCGAUCCAGAGUAUCACUCCAAGCUAAUUGGUCGCCAGGGCGCUGUCAUUAAUAAGCUGCGCGCCGAUCACGAUGUCAACAUCUCGCUGCCCAAGCGUGAUGAUCCCAAUCAGCGUAUCAUUUCCAUUACCGGCUACCAGGCCAAGGCCGAGGCAGCACGCGAUGCCAUCUUGGAAAUUGUCGGUGAAUUGCAGACGCUGCAUCGCGAUGUCAUCGAAAUCGAUACGCGCAUCCAUUCGCACAUUAUUGGCCAUCGUGGACGCACCAUUCGCAAGAUCAUUGACGAUUACAAGGUGGACAUCAAGUUCCCAUCUGCCGAUGAUCCUCAAGCCAAUCCGAAUGCUGUGACCAUCAUUGGCAAGGAGGAGGAUGUCGAGAAUGCCAAGGAAAUGCUCCUGAGCAUGGCCGAGGAUUAUGAGCGCGAUUAUUUGGAGAAUUUGCCGCCAUCACCGCAACCGCAGACUGUGGGCGCCUUCCUCACUGGCGGAGCCGGCGCCAGUUCCGGCUCUGGUGGUGGCACCAACGAGAACGGUUUCAUCAUCAAGGAUGCACCGUGGGAGAAGAAACAGCAGGCCAAGAAUCUAACUGCGCCCAAUACCCAAUCGCAGGAGGAUUUCCCGGUCUUCGCUGCUGGCGGUGCUCCAGUUGCGGCCACGCCCAUUACCUCCGUGUGGGGACCGAAGAACUAAGCAGUAGUCCAAUCAGCGGCAGCCGCAGAGUGCGACGGGGAUUUGGGUAACGGAACGAAACAGAACGGGCGGGCGUACUGUCGGGCGUUGAGCAGCAACAGCAGGCGUGCUCGAACGGAGUCCUUAGUCGAAAACUAGUGUCAAAAAUGGUACAGGUUGUCUCUCUCUCUCUCUCACACUCACUCUCUUUUCCCUCUCAGUCACUCUCUGUCUCUCUUCUUCACUCACUCCCAGGAGCUUUUCUACAAUGCAAUUCAAAACAAACGACAAAUGAUAAAAACUAUUUUUGUAUAAUUUGAUACAGAGAAACUCUGACCCCACACUCACACACCAAUACACACACACACACACACAACAUGCUCAGACACUUGAAAUUGCAUUUAUACAAAGAAGAAAAAACAAAAAUCAAAAAGAAACUUUAUAUUAGCGCCAGAUUUUGCUCCCCUUUGUCCUUGUUCCUGCCCAUUUGUUGCUUUACCCUCCCGCCCCCAAUCCUCAACAUAUGACUUAAAUGCCAAUUUCUUUUUAUAACCAUAUUUCAAUGCAUAAUAUUCUAAUUAGUUCAAGCUACUUAACAUUAAGCAGAAAGUUCAACAAAUGUUUUGUUAAAAGUGGUUGCAACAACAAAUUUAAUUGAUUGAAAACAUGAUAUUUUAUGAAAAACAAAAA